AAAUAAACUGAAACGAUAACUAUUAAUUGCCUCAAAAUAAAAAAGAAUCACGAAACAUAUCAACACAGGUAUGGUGGUUGAAGGCAAAAGCGUCGAGCGAUGCCUCACGCUUGGCGUUUGAAGAGAACAAGAGCACGAGCGGGUAAAAAAUCAAGCGCCAAGAAAAUUGCAAGUGACUUUGGAGUGACAUGUGUAAAAGCUUCCUUAUUUAUUCAAUAGGAUAGAAUGCUUAUUAUUGAUAAACGGCAUAUUUGUCUCGGUUUCUUUGGAACGCUGGCUUUCAAAAGUUUUCAAAUGUGAUGAUAACCAGAUGAUUCACGUAAAAUACAGAAAAAACUUCUGUCAUCAGUAUGAACCCGGCCUGAAAAGGGAAUGAAAGCGAUUUCAUAGCAUAUUUCAAACAAUCAAAUAACAAUAUGACUGAGAUCUUGUAUCGUUGGCUUGACGAGGAGCUACGAAUACCUGUUGCGAGGGAUGCCGACACAUUUCUACAGCAGUUCAGCAAUGGUCAACUUAUUGGGAAAGUACUGCAUGUUGAAGGAGUUCUCCCCGACAAGAAGUUCGAUCAGCUUCGUACCAACGAUCUGUAUGAAGACAGGCUGCACAACUUCCUUGUGAUAGGUCCGUACAUGAAGUCGCUGGGAGUCAAUUUGUCAGUACGACAAGCCCGAGACAUUCUCUCCGACAAGCCGGGAAGUCUCACAUACCUGAUCUAUCAGGUAUAUCUCGCGCUGCACAAGCCGCGCGACCACCUGCGGCAGCCGUCACCGGAACCUCUGCCGGACGCCUACAAGGAGCGACUGCGAGAGUCGGCGCAACCUGACCUGCGCGACUCGGGAGUCACCAGCCUGGGACUCACCUGCCAGUGCUACGGGCGAGACGUGACUCAGACGAGGAUCACUGAAGGCCACCUGGUCAAAGAAUGUCAACAAAGGAUCACGAAGGAGGGAGUGAGGAAGAAGGAGAGGGCGAAGGAUAUCAAACAACAGAUGACAGAGGAAUACAUGAAAGGAGACUCGGCGAAGCUGUGGGGCCGCUCGUUCCGCAGUACAGUCCGCUCGGCCGCCCGCAGAGAAAAGGACCGGCAGAAGGCGGAGGCGGCCGCCGUGCGACAGCAGAUCGAGCACUUUGACAACACGGCCGACCUGCGGCGCAGCAAGUACGAGGACGUCCGGAACGCCGAGUUUCUGCAGACGACAGUCACCCCGGACAUGAUUCCCGAGGCUCUGGUGAACACCGAGGCCAACCAGCAGUUCGUGCACAAGCUGCGUAACCAGUUGGACCGCGACACGCGGGCGCGGUUCGACCGCGAGAAGCGGCGGAAGCAGAUGUACCUGGCUCUGCGGGACCAGCAGCGGCAGCAGGAGGAGGAGCAGCGCGAGCUGGACCUGGUGCGCCGCCUGCUGCGCCAGGGUGACUACGAGCUCCGGCUGGCCGCCCACCUUACCGACAUCAAGCGCCAGAAACAGAUCAUCAUCAGAAACCGACUCGAGAAGGACCAACAAAUGCAGGAGCGGCGUCAGGAGGAGUACGAGAGGUCCGUGCAGCAGCAGAUGGACCUGCUCGGUCAGAAGCGGAUGGAGCACCAGGAGGAGCUGCUCAAGGAGUCGCAGCUGCACCGGCGUCUGCUGCAGCAGCGCCGAGACCAGAAGAGCCAGCGGCGCUGGCAGCUGGCCGCCGACGUCGUCACAUUCUGCCUCGAUAUGGCCGUGCUCACCGUCGACUACAAGACAAAGUCGGGAGACAAGGAGGUCCCCGCUCUCCUGCAGAACGACUGGCGCGAGCUGUUUCUGCGCGGUGAGUCGCUGUCCGGCGGCGGAGAGCCGGCCGAACUGAGCGCCACCAGUGCUCCCGGAGAGCGGCAGCAGGCGCUUCUGCAGCAGCACGACCUGGACGACUACCUGGCCGUCAGCGGGCGCUGGAUCAUCCCCGGCGCCAGCGGCAAGAAGCGCAGUCCCAGCGCCCAGGCUCGCGACGACAUGGCGCUGCGAGUCGAGUCGGCAGUGGUGACUGGGUUCGUGGUGCACCGGCUGCUGCGACUCGUGUACCCUCCCAAACCGAGCGUCCAGGCCCCUGAACGGCCGACAUUUACCCUAAUGGGAGUGGUGAUGGGCAAGAGCUACGCCGGCAAGACGCACUGCCUGCAGUGGGUGCAGUCCUCGCUGGAUGUGCGGCACAUAGUGAUGCACGACCUGGUGAAGCGCUCCCUGGCGACGUUAGAGCAGGAGACGCGGAUGGAGCUGGAGGCAGCCGGCUCAGGGGUGAUGGAGACACUGCGAAUAGCCGACAUCCUCGGACCUGACCAGAGCUGCGAGGACAUACAGAGGGAGAACUCUGGACAGCCGUCACAGCAGCAGCCGCCGCCACAGGAUGCUGCAGCUGAUGCACCCGAAGGCGGAGAACAGGAGGCAAGACCAGCCAGCGACGUAACAGCAGUAUCUGAUGGCUUGCCGACAUCAGCCGACGCUUCCCGGGAGAAUUCGUCGGGAGAAAGGCCACCUGUUCAACAGACCGAGGGCUCGCAGACAAAGCUGAAGGACGCCAAGAGCAAGGAAAGCACACAGGGCUCAGGAAAAUCCGGAGAUGCAACCAACUCAGCUGAUUCUAAAAAGUCGUCUAUCUCAAAUGGCGCAGAGUCCACAGAUGUGGAAAAACAAACCGGUGACGCUGAGAACGGUACCGGAAAGUUAUCCGCUCAGACCAGUGGAGGCCCCACCGAACCAGGCACUCCCCCAUCCAGCGCCGAUCAACCAGCAUUGCCAUCCACCAAGGACAUCAGCUCCGGCGAGCAGGACAAGUCGAAGCUGUCGACGGACGGCGAGGGCGUCAGCGACGAGGACACCAACUCGGCGUCAGAGGACACGGUGGUGUUCGAGUACAGCCGACUGGCGCAGCUGGGACGAGAGGUCAAACAGGCUCUGGAGUGCGGCCAGGAGGUGCACGACCAGACGCUGGCCGGCCUGCUGCUGGAGGCCUGGCGCGAGCUCCCCGACGGAUCCGGCUGGAUCAUCGAGGGUUUCCCCAACACGCUGGCGCAGGCAGAGCUGCUGGAGGAGCAGCUGGUCGGCAAGCAGUACGACUCGGAUGAGGAACUAGACGAAGUGGAAAUCGUGGUGACGCCGCUGCCAAAACCUGAGCCUCCAGCGGAACCUGCCACCAAGGAAAAAGGAAAGAAGGAAAAGAAAGAAAAGAAAGAGAAGGGUAGCGGGAAGAAAGACAAGAAGGAUAAGAAGGAAGGACAGCCUCCAGCGGAGACGCCGCCUCCCUCACCGCCACCACCACCUCCUGAGCCCGUGCGACUGAGGGUGAAGCCGUUCCGACGCAGCCAGCUGGUGCCUGACGCCAAUCGCCGGGAGCGACCGCCACCGACCAGCGGCCUGGACCUGGUGGUAGAGCUGGCAGUCAGCGACGAGGUGGCUCAGCAGCGGCGCUGUCAGAGCAUUGACCGGGUGCCCGAACAGCCCGACUCGGGCACCUGCCAGUCGGCCAGCGACGACCACGUCACGCUGGCCGGCAAGCUGUUCAGCUACGGCCGGCUCCGCGAGCCGCUGAUCGAGUUCUACAGCGAGCGGGGCGUGUACCACAUGGUGGGCGCCGAGGACCUGGCCUCGGUGGAGACUCAGCUGGAGAAGCUGAUCGGCGCCAGCCGGGCCAAACAGCGCGAGGAGCACCGUCUGGCCGAGCGGCGCGCCGCCCAGCUGGCAGCUGCUGAGAACGAGCCGGACUCGGAGCCGGAGCCGGAACCAGAGCCGGAGCCCGAGCCCGACUCCGGGAAGGGAAGGGGCAAGGGCAAGUCGCCCAAGGGCGGGAAGAACAGCGGCGACAAGGGGAAGAAGGGCAAAGGGAAGGGAAAGGGUGACGCAGAGCCAGCGCCGCCAGCAGAGGACCUGCCGCAGAUUCCGGCCCCGCCGCCCAUGCCGACCCCGGGCGAGAUGGGCUAUUACUUCGUGGAUGCACCGGUACCGGAGGGCGUCGCACAGUACUUGGCAUUACUCUGGCAACAAACUGAGAGGAAUUACACCGAGAACCUGAAGCAGUGGCUGGGACGGCUAAGGCUCGAACAUGCUGCUGUUAUCCAACACCUGCAUGCCAUCACGGUAUCGUUCAACGCCUUCCUUUUGCGUCCGGAUCACAAACAGCAGUUCCUCGACAGGUUUGUGACGGAGUACAAUCAGAUGGAGGAGGCGCUGCAGCGAGACGAGGAGGUCAAGUGCGAGUGGCACCUGCGCAUCCAGGAGCUGGAGAGCACCAUCUGGAACAUCACCGACACACGGCGCUGCGAGGCCGAGCAGGAGCGUUACACGGCCAUGACCUCUGGAUGGAUUGAGGACAGGCUGGCGCUGUCGGCCAACAACUGGCUGAUGGUGAUGCAAAGCGAGAUGGACCGCUUCCAGGACACCUGCAUGGUACUGGAGGACUACUACGUCAGCAUGAGCGGAGCGCAGCUGCCCGAGAGCAGCGGGCGCGUGCAUGGAUUCAAACAGGCGAUGAUCGAGAUUCCGAGCCGGGAGCCGGCGGACCGGUCGGGUGCCUCGUCUGCCGGCAGUGACCGUCACUCGGGGAGCCGCAGCAGCAGCUCGGCCCGGCCGCUGCGCCGCGGAGGGGGCGGCAAGGGAGCGGACGGGCCAGGCAGCUCCGGCAGCGCCAUCCUGACCACCAUCAACCUGCCCCAGCUGCGGCCCCGGGUGCAGUUCGUCAGGGGCAAGAACCAGGCGGACGAGGUGACCACAGCCGUGGAGGGCGUCAUCGACUCGGCCUGCAGGUCCAUGCUGUCGUUUGUGCACGAUACCAAGGAGAAGGGUGAUGUUAGGGUGAGGCAGGCGCUGCUGCCGGUUGAAGAAGCAGCUGGGGGCAAGAAGGGAGCCAAGAAGCCGCCCGCGUCGAAGGCAAAGAGUGGUAAGAAGGGCGCCGCUCCCGAGGAGGACGCUGCCGAGGCCGAGCUGGCCACGCACCACGAGUGGGCCGAGCGCGCGCUGGCAGAGUUCCAGGUGGCCGCCCGCGAGGAGUCAUCGCGCGUCUCUGCUCGUCUGUCGCUGAUCCGCUCGCGGGCCGUGUCGGAGCUAGCGGCGCUGCGGCAGCGGGCCGUGGCCGCCUUCCACGGCAUGUGGUCGGCCAUUGAGGAGCGGUACCGGCGCGAGCUGCAGGCGGCCACCCACAUGGCGGACUACCUGCGCGGGCUGGUGGAGCAGGAGCAGCGCGCCCACUACCAGCUGCUGCUCGACCAGGACCGGUUCCUGGUGCGCACCGGCGUGCUGACCCACCUGCCCUGCCUGCCGGCCAGCCCGCCGCCCACCGAGGAGGCGCUGGUGCGCGACCGGCUCAGCCUGCUGCAGGCGGCCGGCCUGUGGCGCCAGCUGCACACCGCCGCUCCGUCCGGCAUCAUCACCACCCGCGCCUUCUGCUUCAUCCUGCAGGACCUGGUGGCGUGCGGCGUCGGCACCCAGGAGCUGCCCGCGCUCUGGAUGUCGCUCUCGCAGGAGGAGAUCGAGAGCCUGUCGGCGCGGAUAGCGGCGGGAGCAGAGGUGAUGAGCUGGCGCGGCCUGCUGUACGACCUGCUGGAGCCGUGGAAUCGGCCCGACCAGUUCGAUCUCCACGAGGCACUGGCCAUCGCUCACGUCUUUGACCCACAGCGGAGUGGACGGAUCACACAGGAACAGGCGCUCACGGUGGUCCACUGGAUGAAGCCGCGUCUGGAGGAGCUGGACGAGGCCUAUAACCGGCCUUAUCACACCAAACGCCUUCUGGUGGACAUCAGCGGCGCGCCCAGCGACGAGACGGUCGACUACCAGACGCUGCUCACCUGGCUCAGCCGCAGCGACGACCUCCUCCAGAGCUUCCUCUGCGCGCUCACCGUGCUGGAAGAUAAGCCGAUUUUCAUAUCGAACCCGGAGGACGACGAGAAAUACUACCCACGGAAGAGGGUGGACCUCGCCCGUAUUCAGUCACUGCCCAUGCACAGAAUCGUAUCGUCUCCCCGGCCCGAUAAUCGCCCCAGGAAAGUGCGUCUGACCCAGAGCGCGCCACUACAUGUGACGAAGGACGCUGAUGACGAGGGUGGCUCGGAGGACACGCCUAAGGAGGUGGUGCUCCAGGCCACGUGCUCCAACGCCUACCACCUGCAGGACGCCAUGGACAUGAGCCGACCGCCGUCCCAGAUGGUGGGCGACUCCCACGGCGACCACCUGGGCGACUCCCUGGAGCAGCUCCCCGUGGCCCCCAACUCCGCGGAGCGCGCGGCGCCGCCGGGCAGUACCUCCUCUCAGCGCAGCUCCUCCGACCGAGAGGGCAGUCUGGUCAGUCUCCGGAGCGCCGCCAGCAGCUCUGGGGCGCACAGCCGCGGCGAGACACACACCUCCGCGCCGGCCGUGGGAUCCGUGGACAGCGGUCGGUCCCAGCUGCUGGACGAGCUGACCAUCAGCGUUCCUGCCGGCCACACGCUGGACUCGUGGACGGCUCUGGCGCCCUCCUGCUGCACCCACCCGCCCGAGGCGCCGCCCACCACACCCAGCUCGGACGGACGAGUGGGCGAGACGGGCAACAGGAGCACCCUGAACGCCAUCAGGACUGUGCUGGCCAGGACAAUGGUGCUGCCGAAGGAGCUGAUGCCCCAGGCUCUUCAGAGACUGGACCUGGACCUGGCUCUGGUGUACCGGGACCUGUAUGGAGGCACCUGCGGCCGCGCCGUCGAGGCGCUGCGCCGCGACGAGCCGCUGCCAGUGCCCAUCCUGGCCGUGUUCCAGCACGACAUCACCCAGAGAUACCUGGCGCCCGGACAGUGCACCCUGCUGGCCGGCCGGCCCUGGCAGAUCAUCAAGGACAUCCGCAGCCCGCCGCCGCAGACCCCGCCGCCACCGGCCGUCACACAGGCCGCCUCGGUCACCGGCACCGGCACCUCACUGUCCUUCAAGGAGGCUGCUUAGCGCCAGCUGCCAUCGCGGGGCUGACCAAAGAUAUCAGUGCGGGUUAUGUCUACCCGGUGCCUUGCGGGUAUCUGGCCCAUUGGCUAUUGAUUUUCAUGUCGUUUGCAUUGUAAACCCGAAUUGUUCGUUCAACGCUCAAGAAUAAAAAUUAUUUUCAAUUAUU